AUGCAGUGCCCGGUGACAGAAAGUGGCCCGCUUUUUACCUCAGGAAUUAAGAAACAUGUGAAAGACAAAAGAAUUUCAAAGACUGCUAAGUUGAAUGUUUCUCUUGCUUCAAAAAUCAAAACAAAAAUAUUAAACAAUUCUUCUAUUUUCAAAAUCUCUUUAAAGCACAACAACAGGGCAUUAGCUCAGGCUCUUAGUAGAGAAAAAGAGAAUUCUCAAAGAAUUACAACUGAAAAGAUGCUUUUGCAAAAAGAAGUGGAGAAACUGAAUUUUGAGAACUCAUUUCUUCGCCUAAAGCUAAAUAACUUGAAUAAGAAGCUUAUAGAAACAGAAGCUUUCAUGAGCAAUAGCUUGAUAACUGCAAUUGAAAUGAGCAGUCUCUCAGAGUUCCAUCAGAGUUCCUUUCUAUUACCAGGAAGCAAGAAGAAACGAGUUAGUAAACAGUGCAAGUUGAUGCGUCUUCCAUUUGCAAGGGUUCCAUUAACUUCCAAUGAUGAUGAUGAUGAUGAUGAUAAAGAGAAAGAGAAAACACAGUGUGAUAACAAUAUUAAAUCAAAGACAUCACCUGAUAUUCCUGCCUCAGUAUCAACAAGGCAACGUUUAUCAACUCAAAGUGACUUAGAGUUGUUACUUCUUAAAGAAAAUAAUCAGAAUGUGUAUGGUUUAGAUGACUCAGAACGUAUUUCUUCUAAUGUUGAUGUACUACCCAAAGAAAGCCAUUCUCACUCAGACCAAAGUUCUAAGAGUUCUCUAAUGAAUGAGAUGAAGGAUGCCUUGUCUAUCAGCCACAGAUGGGAACGACCUUCUCCUAGUAAUGUGACUGAAAGGAGGAAGCGUGGGCCAUCUUGGGAUUCAAAUGAUCUUUCUGCAGACACUCCCUGUGUGACACUUUUAGAUCAACAGCACAUUUCCAGUUCAGAAUUAAAUUGGAAUAAUGAGAUAAGUGAUCAUAGUAACAAAAUGAAUGCUGAAAUGCAAAGAAAUGCACAGUGUCUUCCUGAGGUAUCUUCAAAGUCUGCCAGUGAACCUAAUGCAGAGUGCGUGAAUCAAGUUCAAGAUAAUAAUGACUUUCAGUUGCAGAAAACUCUGUAUGAUGCUGACAUGGAUCUAACUGCUAGUGAAGUAAGCAACAUUGUUAUCGUUUCAACAGGCAGUAAAAAUAAAAGUAAUAAAAAAGCAAGUGAGUUUGGAAUGAAAACUUUCAGAAAAGUAAAAGAUUCAAGCUCUGAGAAAAAGAGAGAAAAAUCAAAGAGACAAUUUAAAAAUAGAUCAGAUGUAGAUAUUGAGGAAAAGAUUGAAAAUGGACCAGAAAGAAAAUCUGUUGUCCUGAAUGACAAAAGGGAUUCAGAAGAUCCAGAUUUUAUCUUCAGUACUGAACAAUUGACUCAAGUGAACUUACUGAAGAAAAUAACCCCUCAUAAUGGCUUUCAUCAAGAUGACAGACAAAAUACGCAGUGUAAUAAAAAGAAGAGAAGAACACGUGUAAUAAAUGAGCAAGAGGAAACAUAUUUUUCCUCCCAAAGUUCAGAUAAAUUUCAGCAGGAGAGUAAAUUUGAUAUGGGUCAGAAUCCCCUUACUUGUAAUAAAAGUAAAGCUCUUAGACAGACAUUUGUGAUUCAUAAGUUAGAAGUAGAUAAUUUAUUCUCAAGCCAAAAGGAUAAAGUAACCAUUUCUGAAAACCUAGAAAUGACAAAUGAAUUUCAAACACUUGAUAUUUCCACCAAAGAUAAUGGAAAUUUAUGUGAUUAUGAGACCCAGAAUAUAUUGGAUUUGAAAAAGUAUGUCGCUGAUAUGCAACCUGCUGAGCAAAAUGAAUCAAAAAUAAAUAAGCCUAGGAAGAAAGGAAAUCGGAAGACAGAAAUCAUUUCUGGAGUGAACCACAUGUCUGAGGAUAAUGAUAAAGAUGUGCGUGCCUCCAGGAAAGGCAAUUUUGUCUUCCAAACCCAGGAGAAUAAGGAAAUUAUCACUGGAGACCUAAAAAAUUUAAAAGAGUUUCAAAUUCCUACUCUUUUCACUGGAGAUAACAGAUACCUAUAUGAUGAUAUGACCCAGAAUGUGUUGGGUUUGCAAAAGCAGAUUACCAAUGCGUACCCUGUUCAGCAAAGCAAGUCAAAAGUUAAUAAGAAGCUUAGGCAGAAAGUCAAUCGGAAGACAGAAAUAAUUUCUGAAGUGAAUCAUUUAGACAAUGACAAAAGUGUGUAUUGCCCAGUAAAGGAUAGCUCACUCUUUCUAACUCAAAAGGAUAAGGAAAUCAUCCCUGGAAACCUAGAAGAGUCAAGUGAGUUUCAAACACCUGUUUUUUCUACCAGCAAUAGUGGAAAUCUAUGUGAUUAUGAGGUUCAGAAUGUUUUGGAGAUGAAAAAGCAGGUCCAUGAUAUGCAACCUGCUCAAGAAAAUGAUUCAAAAGUAAACAAGAAGCUUAGACGAAAAACAUAUCAAAAGACAGAAAUAAUUUCUGAAAGCACCCAAAUGUAUGAGAAUGAUAAAGGUGUGUGUGACCCAGAAAAAGGUAACUUCUUUUCUCUAACCCAAAAGGAAAAAGAAACCAUUUCCGAAAACCUACAAGUCACAGAUCAAAAUGAAUUUCAAACAGCUGACCUUCCAACCGAAGAUAAUGAAAAUUUGUGUGAUUAUGAGAUGCAGAAUAUAUUGGAUUUGAAAAAGUAUGUCACUGAUAUGAAACCUUCUGAGCAAAAUGAAUCAAAAAUAAAUAAGAAGCUUAGGCAUAAAGUAAAUUGGAACACUACAGAAGUAACUUCUGAAAUGAACCAGAUAUAUGAGGAUAAUGAUAAAGAUGUACAUGGCCAAGAAAGCUAUACAAGAGAUCUUGAUUUUAAGAUGAAUAAAUCUAAACAAAGACUUGAAUGUGAAGGUAUUACCAGUGGACACUAUAUGGAAAUCAACAAUAAUGAAAAGGAAAAUUGUGAUCACAUUUCACAUUCUUGCAAACUAGUUAAAAAGCAUAGGAAAGAGUCAUCGGGCAAGGCAAAGAAUGUUUUGACAAAAGGUAAGAACAAAUCUGCUUUGCAGUUAACAGACUCUUCACAGACAUUUAUCUCUUUAGAAGCUGAUUUAAAAUAUAUCACUAGUGAAGCAGAUUCUAAUCCGGGAAACCCCACUGAACUACAUAAGACUCAGAAACAAAGCACUACGACACUGAAUAAAAAAAGAGAGAGAGACAUUUCUUUUGUGGAAGAGAUAGAAGAAGGAGAGUGCCAGGUUAAAAAAGGAAAUAAAAUGACAUCCAAAUCAAAGAAAAGAAAGACCUUCGUAGAUCCUUCUUCAGAGAGCCAUGAAACAGUGGAGAGAAUUCUUGACAAUGAUCAGGGAAAGUCUGUUGAAUUUGAAAAAGCUGAUAAGGAAAACAAUUUGGAGAAUGAGAAAAUGGUCAAAAAUAAGCCAGACUUUUACAGAAAAAUGUUCAAAUCUUUAUCUCAGAUAUAUUCACCUACCAUACAAGAGUCUUCCUUUGACAGUGUUCAUGAAGAUGCAGUACCUUUGUGUAUUUCUUCUAGCAAAAAUCUGAUAAUGAAAGAAAAUUCUGCCCUGGAGUGCUCACCAGCAUUUCAGUUAAGUGGUGACAAGCAUGAGAAGAUGAACGAAAGGAAAUGUCAAGUCAACCAAAGAAUGCAAAAAUCAGGAACAGGUGGCAGACCAUUACAGAACUUGACAAAUACCAGUUUUGUUUCGAAAAUCACUGCUAAAUCUGAAAACAUGUCAGAAGAUCUGUCUUUGGAGCUGACAAGCAGAAGAAGAAGGUGUGCUCCUAUUUCUUUAAAAGAGCCAAGCCUCAGAGAGUAA